AUGUCGCUUACCUUCUCCGCUUCACUGCUGUGCACUACAACCUACAACAUGAAGAUUGGAUUCCGCGCGUCAUUUUUCAUUUUUCAGUCAGCCCUCAGACCAGCCUCGUUUUCCUCGUGGGUUCGACUGGCCAGGCCGACGACAAACCAACCACCACCGACGCAUCAUCUUCACCUCGUUCAACUCCCCUCCCCUUCACAUGUAUUCUCGGGUAGACUUGGGACUGCUGUCUGGGGUGGUUUUAUCAUACGUCACACAGCGGCAAUACAGAGAGUGCUAUUCCUGUCACAUCUCAGCAACGGCCCGGUCUAUCUCAACAUCAGACCACUCACUGCAGGGCCCUCAAGGCCUAAGGCGCCCCCCUUCCAUGGCCUGCCCCCCGCCCCCUGGCCGGCUUCUUGUCUGUUGCUUGCAGCCCUCCAACGGUUAGUCAUGAACUCGAUGCAAGAACCGAGUACGGAUUAUUGCGCUGAGGCCGCUGUCGAAGUUUAUUGGUUGCAGGAAGCUGAGAUUUCUGCCUACGUGUCGUGUCAGCCCGCAACGCAGCGGCGGGUUAUGGCGGUUCUUGUUUACCAUGAUGCGGGAUGUUUCCAGUCCCCCGAGCUUUGUGGUUCUGCGCUUUGCAAACUCAGAGUCGAGCCUCUGCAACCGAGCUGCCAAGACGCACAUGUCCACCUGUCAGUGUGUCAUAUUGAGGCGUCGACUUCAUGAGGGAGCGUGUCUCUCGCAGGCUCGUCAAAGCAGGCUCACAAGGGACCUUCGUCGUCUCGAGACGUAUCUGGCACCAGGCCUAACACCCACUACUCUCUCAGCCUUACAACGUUGGGCCAGUCGGCAAACACAGAGCGAUGUGGGAUGAAUGUACGUUUGCUUGCUUUUUUUUUUAACCCCCUCGGCGCUUGCCCCCCCUCCCCUUCUGGAUCGACGGGGGGUGCGCCUUCGCAUGAUCACGGGGAGGUGGCUGUCCCAUUGGGAGAUUUACGGCGCGCGCGGUAUGGGAUGCUGUGCCGUCGCCGAUGCCUCCGAGGGACUUUGUUCGCCGUCAAAAUUGGGAGGACCCCCUCCGGUGUACUCAAACACCGAGGGUUUUUGGCCUGUGGGAUUUGUUGCCGCUGGCCGCAUCAUCAUCGUGAGCCGUUUGGCCGUCGCCACUGGGGAAACCGGGGUUGUUCAACCCACCCCGAGACGCUAUUGUUUGAGAGACGGACAUCAAAGCCGCAACGAGGCUGGUUUUCUUCGACUUUGGAACAGAACCGAACAGGGUAAUUUUCAUAUUCCGCGCCAGAAAUGUUUCCUUUUCGGCUUUUUUUUUUUCCUUUCAUUCAUUCUUUCUUCUCUUUUUCAGUUCCCGGUUAUCUCUGUUAUGUGUGAGUGGGUUAAGACAACCUCUCUCUUGAGUACUGAGUGAUGAGUACUCAGUACUACCAAUUGACCUGUCAGGAUGCCGUCGUCUGUCUCAUGCAGGGCCCCUUGCCUCCUUUUCUUUUUCCUCCCCCCCGCCCCCAAACUGAACCACUACUUUCUUAAGCCGGCCGCGGGCCAAACCGCUCUGGUCAGGAAACCUAUCCCCCUUUUGACAUUUCUCAUACUCUGGUAGGGGAUCAAGAACACGCUUUGUCCAUUCGGGGUAUGGACAGCAGGGCAGACGGUCCUGGGCAACCAACCCUGUGAGACGCUAUUGAAUGUUUCUCCCCCCGGCCAAGAUGUUGCUCUCCCCUCCCCAUGUUCACCGACGUCGUUUUUCCAUACCACAGACCCUCUCUCACCUCGUUCUCGUGCCGGCGCCUUGAUUGGUUAUCGGUAUUUGUUAAGUCAUCCACCUUUCUCAGUCGAAUCCCUCCCCCCGCAGCACUCACCCGCUCACUCACU